UUUUGUUUUUAAAAAUAUUAAAAAUUAUUUGAAGUGUUUAACUUUUUUUUUUAAACAAUUUCUUUAAUUUUUCUAUUCUGAGUUUAUAAUUUAAUGGCACUCAGUACAAGCCAACAAAAUCAAAUGUCGGUUGUUCAAAAUAAAAUUAAGUUGCAAUUGCAAACCAACUCUGAAAUAAAUAAUGUAACUGAAAAACAAGUGUCUGUAGAACAUAUUAAGGAUUGGAUUCGCAAACAACCACACUUACCUGACGUAGAAGAUGAUGUUUUCCUUAUGUCGUUUCUUCGUGGGUGUAAGUAUUCUCCUGAAAAAGCUAAAAAAAAACUAGAUAUGUACUUUACAAUGAGAGGAGUAGCACCAGAAUUUUUUAAUAAUCGAGAUCCUUUAUUAUCAGACUUUAAGGAUUUUUUCAAAGUUGCAAAUGUAUUAACAAUGCCGAGGCUAACACAAGAAGGAUAUAGGAUCGUUAUUUUUCAUACAAAAAAUAUGGAUGAAAUGAUAUGGGAUCCAGCUUUCAGCAUGAAAUUGCUAUUUAUGUUAGCAGAUAUUAGAUUGAAUGAAGAAAGAAAUAAUGAAACAGGAGAUAUUUAUAUAUUUGACGGAGGUUCAUUGAAAUCAAAUUUUUUAUCGACUCAAUUGCCUAGAUAUACUCCAUCUUUAUUAAAGAAAUGUGCAACAUGUUCAAUAGAAGCGUACCCAUUUAUAAUUAAAGGUGUCCAUGUGAUUAAUAUAUCUCCUGUAGUUGAAACUACAACAAAUUUUUUAAAAAUUUUUUUGAAAGAAAAAAUUAAAAGAAGAAUUCAUUUGCACUCAUCAUAUAAAUCUUUAUAUAACUAUAUACCAAAAGAAUUUCUUCCUGAAGAAUAUGGUGGUCAACAAGGAACUAUGGCUGAAAUUAAUAAAUAUUGGUAUGGAAAAUUAGUAUCAUAUAGAGAAUGGUUUUUAGAACAAGAAAAUAUUAAAACUGACGAAUCAAGACGUCCGGAAAAGCCAAAAACAUAUGGAGAUUUUUUUGGAAUGGACGGUUCAUUUAAAAAACUAUCUGUUGAUUAAAUAAAAGUUUGCAUAUAAUUUUUUAGAAUUUCUAUAAAAUAAAUGUCAUUAAAUUAUUCGUAAUUUAUAAUUUCGUACGUCUUUAAUAUUUGAUAUCAAGUAACAAUAUAAUAAAAAAUUAUUUGUACGAAUAUUUGUGGUUCUUAAAAAAACGUUUAAUGUAAAAGCCUUGAAUUAUUAAUUUAUACUUUCAAAUUAUAAAACAUAUGAUUGGCAAAUAUUAAUUAACGUCAUCAAUGCAUAAAUCUUAAAAUUAUUAUUAAGCCCCAAAAUAUGUCCUUCGUAAUAGUUGGGAAAAUGUACCUAGUAUAAUGUUAUUGUUAUGUUUUUUAAAAUUGUUCACCUUAUUUUAUUUGAUGUCUUCAUAUAUAUAUAUUAAUAAUUAAUUAAUUAAUCAGGGUCAUAAGCACAAUUUAAUUGUUGUAAAACAUGUGAAUUUCUAUGACUAAUUAUAAUAAUAAGUAAAAUUCAAAUUGUAUUGUAUAGAAAUGCGUCAUUGUUCUUAAUAAAAAAAAUUUAAUUUCUCAUUCAUUAUUUGCCUAUGAAAUUGUAUUUUAAUAUUGUAGUACAAUUGUACAUCUGUUUAUUUUUCAACCACUAGUUUAGCUAACGCUAAUUUUUGAAAAUUGCUCUAGUAUAUUAAGGAAUUAUUACGUACAAUGGUUUCCCACUUGCCAUCUCUACUAACGGGUCUUAUGUUUAUAUAGUUAACGGAAAUUUUUAACCUAGAUUAAAACCUUAUCCAUUGCUAUUAACAAAGAUUUUUUUCAAUAAAUUUCUUUUGCUUAAAAAGGUCAAAAAUUGGAAUUGAUUAGUUAGGUUAUUUGAACCUAACCUUCAAAUUUUACUUCUUAUCAACAUUUUUUAAAUUUGGUUAUUUUAAGUCAUGGAGAUAUUUAUUGGAUAUGAUUUAUAUUUCAAAUGAAUAAUCUAAAUAAAUAAGUGACAUUUUUAAAAUUAGUCAUCUUAUUAAGAUUUAUAUUAAAAUCUAGGUAUGGGAGUGCUUUCUUCUUUUAUUAAUUUCCUUCUUUUAAAACCACUCAGUGUAAUAGGAGUAAUUUCAUAUGCUAUCUAGAUCCAUAGUUACGAACAUUUUAGGCUGAGGUUACAUUUAGUUUAAACAGCCUAAAGCCUUUUUUUUAUCAUUUUGAAUAAUAAGUAAAAAAAAUUAAUUUUACCAGAGAGCAUUUGUUUUCAUUUCUGUCAGUGGCAGAUCCAGGUGAGAGGCCAAGGGUGCGCGUCCCCUACUUGAACUAUUGUCACCAACUGAUAAAAUAAAAAAAAGGCUUAUAAUGAUUAAAUUGAUAAAAAAUUAACUUUGACGUCUAAAGAAUUUUUUGCACCUUUCCUUUAAAAAAUUACUAGAUUGACCCCUGUCUUUUGAGUAAUUGAUUAAAUAUGAUCCUGGACAUAUAGGUAAUCGAAUACCGUUAAAUAAAAAUCAUAUCAAUAUACUAUAAUUUACUACUACGUUAAAUCAAAUAAAUUAAAUAUGAUUAUAAAUAUAUGUUUUAUAUUUUUAUAAAAUGUUAAUAAGACUAUAAAACAGAGGUAUAUCAUUCUUUUUAAGUUUUAUAGUGUACUUACCAACUAGCUCUUUAAAAAUUUUGCGUGGGACGCAUAAUUAAAUUUAUCAUGGAAUAUAUUAAGGAAGAAUAAUUUCCUACUUAUUAUGCAGCCCAAAAAAAAAAUUUUAAAUUAAUAAGCUAAAGUUCUAGUAUUGAACUGACCACUGCUAUUAUGCAUAAGUUGUUUGAAAGAGUUAAUAUAAUGAACGCAUUAAGAUUAAAACUUUAAAUAAUAUAUAUAUUUUUUUUAAGUUCUCUUGUCUACAAAUUAUUUUAUGAGUAUUAAAUAAUCAUAUAAUAAUAUUAUUAACUUAUAUUAGGUGUAGAUAAAAAUAAUCAAUUUUAAUUGCUGGUAC